AUGACGCUAGUGAACCUUCAGGCCAUCGCCCGAUUCGCUUGCGAUGCUAAAGUACCGUGGGUUAAGCCAGGAGCAGCAUGGCUCAGAUCUCGUCGUCGCCCCCCCUAUGGUCACGGUGAGCUUCAUUGCCACAAGUGGAUGAAAAAGCGUACGUACUUCGACCCACUUCUGUUCAGCACAGGGCUGGCUAGUGCCCUCAAUAGGAGGCGCCAAGCGGAGUCUUUCUUUCUGAAAUAUUCGUCGUUCCUUUUGGAGGAUCCUGAGAUUGUCAGCACGCGCAGCUAUCCUACAGCGCAGAAUCAUGCCUUCUCCGCCUCCUCCUGUGGACUCUGGAUUGAACGCAACAUCAUUGAAGAAGCCGAGUGCCGUGGCACGCUAAAUCCAGGCAUGACAGUCGUAGAAGCCACCGGUGGCAGCACUGGUUCUUCUCUUGCCUUCAUCUGUUCGGUAGAGGGAUACCGAUACCGAAUUGUUUCGUGCCGGUAUGGUUAUGGGAGUAUCACGCGUUCUGAAGUCCAACCGGCCUCUUCUCCUGCCAUUAUUGAAGGUCGCACUGGAUCUCAUAGAACCUCAGAGAGAGAAGACCGUGCUAUGUGCAGACGGUUGGCUCGUGAGGAAGGCUUACUGGUUGGAAUCCCGACUGGUCUUAAUGUUGUUGCUGCCAUUGCUCUUGCCAAAGAACUCGGCCCUGGCAAGACGGUGGUUACCGUCGCCGUGGAUACGGGCCUCAGGUAUAUGAACGGAAACCUCCUGGCAGAUGCUUGA